CAGACAAGUGAGAGAGAGACUAAAGCAGCAAGUUGCUGAGAUGAAAGAAAAAUUUCCAGGCUUCAAACCAGGACUCGCAAUUUUGCAGGUUGGAAAUCGGGAUGAUUCGAACCUCUACAUUAAUAUGAAGCUGAAGGCUGCUGCUGAGAUUGGAAUCAGUGCCAAUCACAUAAAACUGCCAAACACAGCAACAGAAGCUGAGGUCCUCAAGUGCAUUGCCUCUUUGAAUGGAGACCCUGCUGUUCAUGGCUUUAUAGUGCAGCUGCCACUUGACUCUGAUAAACCCAUCAAUACAGAAAAAAUAACCAAUGCUGUUGCACCUGAGAAGGAUGUAGAUGGCUUAAGUAGCAUCAAUGCUGGGAAACUCUCUAGAGGGGACCUUGGAGACUGCUUUAUUCCCUGUACACCGAAAGGAUGCAUGGAACUUAUCAGGCAGACAGGCAUCCAGGUUGCAGGGAAAAGAGCUGUAGUGGUCGGUCGCAGCAAGAUCGUCGGUGCUCCCAUGCAUGACCUCCUGCUCUGGAAUCACGCAACGGUAACCACUUGCCAUUCAAAGACCUCAACGCUGGCUGAGGAGGUUGGUAGAGCUGAUAUCCUGGUGGUUGCAGCUGGUAAAGCUGAAAUGGUAAAGGGUGAAUGGAUCAAACCUGGUGCGAUCGUAAUAGACUGUGGAAUUAACCAUGUGCCAGACAGCACAAAGCCCAGUGGAAAAAGAGUUGUAGGAGAUGUGGCAUACAGUACAGCAAAGGAAAAAGCUUCCUACAUCACCCCAGUUCCUGGUGGCGUUGGGCCUAUGACUGUGGCCAUGUUAAUGCAGAGCACAGUGGAGAGCGCGCAGCGUUUCCUGGAGAAGUUCCAGCCUGGAAAAUGGAGCAUCCAAUAUAACCAACUUACCCUGAAGAUGCCUGUUCCAAG